AACCAAUUUAUAUGUUGUGGUUAUAGUGCGCACGCGCAAUUUACCUUGCUUGAUGCUAAAUGACCUAUAGAGAUAAAUGACGUUUCCUAGCCAAGUAUGCAAUCUUCAAGUUUUCCAAAAAGAUAUCUGCAUACCACACUAGCCUUUACGAAAAAGAUCCCACAUAACCUGAAAGGCAAAACUACCUCUGACCAAAACUGGCUAGUGCGGCAACUAAAUGACCCAUAUGUAAAGGCAUCUCGCGUCCACAAUUACCGAUGUAGAAGUGCCUUCAAGCUUUUGGAAAUCGUUGACAAGUACCGCCUUUUGAAACCAGGAGACAAUGUAAUAGAUUGUGGGGCAGCGCCGGGUGCUUGGAGUCAGAUCGCAGUACAGAGGGUUAAUUCAACUGGAGCAAAUGCAGAGCUGCCCCGUGGUACAGUGAUCGGGAUUGACCUUCUGAACAUAGCGCCUCUAGAUGGCGCGCACUUCCUUUCCAGUCACGACAUAACUGACCCCUUCACACACGCCAGGCUGCAAGACCUUCUGCCCAGCGCCAAGGCUGAUGUCAUUCUCAGUGACAUGGCACCCAAUGCCAGUGGAUGUAAAGAUAUGGAUAAAGAGAAGCUCAUCACCAUGUGUUUGACACUGAUUGACCUAAGUGAGAAGAUCCUCAAACCUGGCGGCUCCCUGGUUUGCAAAUAUUGGGACGGCUUCCUGGCUCAUACGCUUCAGAAUAGACUCUCUGCUGUGUUUGGGUGUGUCCGAUCUCUAAAGCCAAAGGCAAGCAGGAAGGAAUCAGCUGAGAAGUAUUUCCUUGGGCAAAUGUACAAAAGAAUAAAGUAAUGAGUUUUGCAUAUGUCUUCUAUUGACUAUACGUUUUCCACUGAACUCUGUAUUAUCACUAUGCUACAUAUAUUAUUGCAACUCUGUCCACUAUUGUUAAGUUAAUACACAUUUUUACCAGAAGAUGGCACUGUUGUGACUUAGAAUACAAUCCUUCCAGCAGUUCCUCGGCCAGCUUCUGCUUUUUUUUUACUGCAAUAUGAACGCUAUAAAAACUAACUAAUGCAAUAUCAACCCAUGCAAUAAGAAUAAUCAGACGCCGAAUUCUCAAGAGCACAAUGAAACCCGUGCACUAACAUCGUUAUUGUUUGCCCAGAGUGUUUCCAUUCUCCAAAGUCAAUAAGGUAUUUGUUUUAUAAAAAAGUAAUUUUCCAAUACUGAUUAUGCUAAUAAAUGACAGUCAAUCAUGUA